UGCUGGUCGCUCCGCCGCCGUAGAAGCAGCCAUGUCCGUCAUCAUUCAGACUCGUGGUGAAGUGGGCGGCGGCGUGGCAGCUCACCUCCAGUGCCCCGUCUGCGGCCACUUCUCCAAGAGCCACGCCCACCAGCUGUCCCACAUGGCGGCUUCUCACCCCUCCUGUCUGGAUGGCGUGGCGGUCGGUCGCCUCGGCAACAUCGUGAUGUACCAGAGCACCGCCCGGCUGUUCCACUGCUCCGGCUGCUUCUACACCUGCCGAGACUUCACCAAGCUGUACAAGCACAUCAUCUCCAAACACUGUACGGACGAGAGGGAGGGCGGAGGAGGGGACGACGGGAGCGAGAAGGGGGAGGACGAAGAGGAGGAGGAGAAGGAGGCAGCGAGAGACGCUCUGAAAGGAAAGAGGAGCAGUGACGCUGAGGAGGAGGAGGAAGGAGAGGGCCACGAUGAAGAGGGCGCCUCCCAGCGGCCGCAGUCGCUCAAAGCGGAAGGCGAAGGCGAUGAAAGCGUGCUGAUGUUCGACGGCGCCGGUUACCGCUGCCUGAUCUGCGGCUGGAAGAGCAAGCUGAAAGGUCUGGGCAUCAACCACGUGGUGCGGAAACACGACAUUCCCAAAGCGUACGCCACCCAGGCCAUUAAACGGGACCCCGCCCCCAGACAGCCGCAGAGCAGCGCGGCGGCAGCGGACGACGAUGACGUGGCUGGGCUGAGCGGGGAGCUGCUGAAGGAGGAAAUGGAGGCCACGGCCAAAGUGGUGCGCUUCAUCUCCAACCGCUUCGUGUGUCUGAUCUGUGGCUGGAAGACCAAACUCAAAGGUUUCGCCAUCAGUCACGUGGUGCGCUGUCACGACGUGGAGCGCCCGUACGCCUGUAAAGACUGCAAGUCGUCCUUCUUCCUGCCCAGCAGGCUGCAGCAGCACGUCAGGGCGGCUCACCGGCCCGGGCGCUACGCCUGCCCCUUCUGCUGCUUCAGGUCGCACUUCCUGGGAGGCUUCAGGAGGCACUGCAGCCGCUGCAACGCCCGGGAGGAGGGGGAGGAAGGAGGAGCAGCAGCAGGAGCAGGAGGAGGAGGAGGAGGAGGACGAGGAGGAGGAGGAGGGGAGGGCGAGGAGGAGGAGAACGAGGAGGAGAGCGAGGAGAGGAGAGUGGGGAGGAGGAAGAGAAGGAGAACGGAGGUGGUGAUAAAGGAGGAGGACUGAAGAACAAUGUUUUAAUCUUCACCUCAGCUUGGCUGUCCAACACGCGGCGCAGGGGCCAGAAUGAAGACGCGGACUGCACAUUUCAGACUAACGUGACUUUGUAAUCACGUGUUCUGCUGCGAACAUCUGACCUGCAGUGGAUCACCCUGAGCGUGUAACAAACCCACUGAUGAUGUUUCUGUCUUUGACAGAGGGCGUCGCUCCCUGUACAGAUCGUAAAGCCUCUGAGGAAAAUGUACUUUGUGACUUUGGGCUGUACAAAUAAAACUGACUUGAUUUUGAUAAACCGUGA